AUGCGUUCCACCAUCGCUGUCUCGAUCUUUGCGCUCUCCGCCUCGGUUCUCGCAGCCCCUACUCCCCAGAACGCUGCUCUCUCUGGCCUCGUUGGUGGUCUUACCAGCACUGUUGGCUCUGUCACCAACCCCAGCGCUGGCAGUGAUAACUUGAUCUCCGGCAACGGUAACAACAACGGCCAGAACAACGGCAACGGAAACUCUGCUGGCAACGCCAAUGGUAACAACAACCAGGCCGGUACCGGCAACGCUGCUGGCAACGGCAACAGCUUCAAUUUGAGGCCCCUCGGUGGCAUCCUAGGCAACGCCAAGCGUGGUCUCCCUGACACCGUCAACGGUGUCCCGCUUGUUGGACCCAUCGCCGGCGGCCUCACUGACGGCAAGGGUGGUCUCCUCAAUGGUGUAACCGUCGGCCCUACCACCGACUCUCUCACUAAGGGUCUCCCCGUCGUCAAUGGCCUCGUUGGACGUGGCCUCACCGACAGCCUCGAUCUCAACAAGCUGAACCAGGCUCAGCUCCUCUCCCUCCUCGGUCAGGUCACUGGCGCCCUCCAGACUAACAGUGCCACUUCCGGUGUCACUGGUACUCUUACACCAGUCACUGGCGCUACUAAGCCCGUCACUGAUGCCGUCAAGCCCGUCACUGGUGCUGUCAAGCCCGUCACUGGUGCCACUGGAGGCCUCACAAGCGGCCUCCUGAAGCGCCAGGGCAACCUCCUGGGCGGCGUCACCGGCACCGUCAACGGUGUUGUCGGCACCCUCUCUACCACCGCUGGCUCCGUCACUGGUGCCACCGCCGGCAGCGGUAACUCGCUCCUCAACAACGGCAACAGCAACGGCCAGGGCAAUGGCAACAAUAACCAAGCCGGAAACGGCAACGGAAACGGAAACUCCGCUGGAACCGGCAACUCCGCCGGCAACAACGACUUCAACGUAAGUCCCGAAACCGAGCUCCCUGACAUCGAUGGCCCGCUCGUCACGCUGCCUGAUGUUAACGUUGCUCCUGUGAUCAAGUCAGUUUAG